CCAAUGCCCCUACCCUUCUAACCCAUCAAUCUAGCUCUUUCCCUUUUCCAUUCUUUUCUUCCUUCCUUCCUUUCUUUUUCUCUUCCCUUUCUCUGUUUACUUUCUUCCCAUUAUUCUCAUCUCACAAAAACCCUUUUUCUUCUUCUUCUUCUUCUCAAUGAAAUGAACCACCACCAAUCCAACCCCAUCAUCAUUCAUCAUCAUGGUCUCUUCUUCUUAGCUACCUUCAAACUCAAAAACCCAAAGAGAGACAGAUAAAAAGAAAACAAUAACAACCUCAAAAAAACAGAGACAAAAACACAAACACAUGGCAGGCAUAGCAAGUUUCUUCAACAAGUUCCUGUCUAUGUUCAUCAUCCUCAUUGUUCACCUUGGUUGCUUCAUCUUCACCACCAGCUACACAUCAACAACAACAAAGCAAGAAAACAACAACAACAAAAAUAAUAAUUUCUUGCAACCAUCUUCAAAGAAACGCAAAAUCUCACCUUCAUCGCACUCACAACCCUCUUCACCUUCCCACCCAAAAUUCAAAACCCACAAAGCACUCUCUUCUUCUUGGCAUUUCAUCAAACACCUUUUCUCCACCAAAACCAAAACCGCCACAACAACGACCACCCAUCCCUCCCCACAAUCCUCCACCGCCACCACUGCCACCACAACCAGCAACUCCGCCUCCGCCACCGUUACCGCCGCCAGGUCCUCUCAGAAUUCUCUUAUUUCCUCAUUGCAACCCGACCCGAGUUCCAUGAACAUUCCUCGUCGGAACUUGCCCGGAUCAUUGGUCCGACCCGAAUCUGAAAUCUCCGGCGAGUUGGACAGCGGCCUCUUCUUCCCUCUCCGGAAUGAUAUAUUCCCCUGCACCGCGUGCGGCGAGAUCUUCCAGAAGCCGCUCCUACUGGAGCAGCAUCAAUCUACGAAGCACGCGGUGUCGGAGCUACCCGGAUCCGACCCCGGUCAUAACAUAGUCCAGAUCAUAUUCAAGUCGGGUUGGCCCGAGAUCCGAAAGUUCCCGACCAUAACCCGGAUACUUAAGAUCCAUAACAGCCAAAAGAUUCUCUCGCGGUUCGAGGAGUAUCGCGAGGCUGUCAAGGAGAGGGCCGCACUUCACGGCGGCAUAAUGUCCACGCGCCGCCGUGACGAGCGGUGCCUCGCCGAUGGCAAUGAGCUUAUGAGGUUUCACUGUUCAACUUUUUUAUGUGAUUUGGGACUUAAUGGGAAUUCUUCAAUUUGUUCGCAACAAUUUUGUAAUAUUUGUGGGAUAAUUAAAUCAGGGUUUUCGCCCAAAUUAGAUGGAAUUUCCACGUUGGCAUCCAGCUGGAGGGCACACGUGUCAAUCCCAGAAGAUAUUGAAAGUGAGUUUCGCUUCAUGAACGUGAAGCGAGCCAUGCUGGUUUGUAGAGUUAUUGCGGGUCGGGUCGGAUCGGAUUCAGACGAAGCAGAAAAGGAGGAUGGUGGGAGUUUCGACUCCGUGAUGGCACGUGGCGGUGACAGCGGAGUGUACACUCGGCUAGACGAGGAGGAGCUUUUGGUGUUUAAUCCUAGGGCUGUGCUUCCUUGCUUUGUGAUUGUGUAUAGUGUGUGAUUAAAUUUUGUGUGAAAACUUUGCAUAAUUUAGAUAUGUGCAAAUUUUGUGAUUGGUUGGAAUAAAAUUGAGCCCAUUUUUGUUCUAGUCAAUUAUAAAAAUUUACACAUAAAUAAAUAGUGGAAAAGUUUUACAUUAGAGAGAGUUCACAAAGUAGUAUGUGGAAUUUGAUCAAAAGGUUAUGAUGGUGAAGAGAUGUAAUGUUAAUUUUGGUAUAUGUAUUUUGUAGUUUAAGUGAUGAUUUUUGACAUAAUCCAUGUUAUUGGAUCAUUUGGCACAAAAUUUGUGCAUUAAACUGACACUUAGUAUAGAAAUCAAAUAGAGUUUAUAUGUAAAUGUUAUUGUCUUUGCUGUUGUAUGAUAUUUCCUUGAUUGU